ACAUGCGGCGGGGCCGGGCCGGGCCGGGCCGUGCCGGGCCGGGCUGGGCUGGGCUGGGCACGGCGGAGCGCUCCCGCGGCCGGCACGGCAGCAGCGCGGCCCCUUCCAGCCCCACCGGCCUCCCCCCGCAGAAGGGACCCUGCCGGAGCCGCUGCCGCCCCGGGAUGGGGUCGGGCAGGAGAGACGGUACCUGUGCGGGGAGGUGAGCGGAGCCCCGGCGCCUUCCGCCCGGCCCCGGGCAGCCACAGCGGCGGGGAAGAGGAAGGGCUGGAGGAAGGUAAAGGGAGAUAUCUAUACAUAUAUAUAUAUAUAUAUAUAUUUAACUCUAUCUGUAUAUUUCGCUGCGAUCAACCCCGAUCCUGCAAUCGAAGCCCCCGGAGGGAGAAGUGCUGCGCGCUGUGAUGCGUCUUCCUCUCGCCUCGGCUUCCAGUUUGGAUUGUAGCGCCCGGCUCCGUGCACUGAGAGAAUGGCUCGGUUCGGGGAUGAUCUGCCAACCCGCUAUGGAGGCGGAGGGCCGGCCGGGGCUGGAAGAGGGAGCAGCCGGCAAGGUGGCCCCCAAGCCGGCCAAAGGAUGUAUAAGCAGUCGAUGGCUCAGAGGGCCAGGACUAUGGCUCUCUACAACCCCAUCCCUGUCAAACAGAACUGCUUCACAGUCAACAGAUCCCUCUUCAUCUUCAGUGAAGAUAAUGUUAUACGGAAAUAUGCCAAGAGAAUAACAGAAUGGCCUCCAUUUGAAUACAUGAUUUUAGCUACAAUCAUAGCCAACUGUAUUGUGCUGGCUCUGGAACAACAUUUGCCGGAUGGAGACAAGACACCUAUGUCAGAGAGAUUGGAUGACACUGAACCGUACUUUAUUGGAAUAUUUUGCUUUGAAGCUGGUAUAAAAAUCAUCGCUCUGGGGUUUGUUUUUCAUAAAGGUUCUUACCUCCGAAACGGUUGGAACGUGAUGGAUUUUGUUGUGGUCCUCACAGGGAUUCUAGCAACUGCUGGGACUGAUUUUGACCUGCGGACCCUGCGAGCCGUCCGAGUGUUGCGACCCCUGAAGCUCGUGUCAGGAAUCCCAAGCUUGCAGGUUGUCCUCAAGUCCAUCAUGAAGGCGAUGGUACCCUUGCUUCAGAUCGGGCUGCUCCUCUUCUUUGCCAUUGUGAUGUUUGCCAUCAUCGGGCUGGAGUUUUACAUGGGGAAGUUCCAUAAAACCUGCUUCUCUAAUGAGACGGGUGAUGAGGUGGGAGAUUUCCCUUGUGGAGAGGAGCCUCCUGCCAGGCAGUGUGAGAGUGGGACCACCUGCAGGGAGUACUGGCAAGGACCCAACUAUGGCAUCACCAACUUUGACAAUAUCCUCUUUGCUGUUCUCACCGUCUUCCAGUGCAUCACCAUGGAGGGAUGGACCGACAUCCUCUACAAUACAAAUGAUGCUGCAGGAAAUACCUGGAACUGGCUUUACUUCAUCCCUCUCAUCAUCAUUGGCUCUUUCUUCAUGCUCAACUUGGUGCUGGGCGUCUUAUCAGGUGAAUUUGCCAAAGAACGAGAGAGGGUAGAAAAUCGUCGGGCUUUCCUGAAACUCCGCAGACAGCAGCAAAUUGAAAGGGAACUAAAUGGAUACUUGGAGUGGAUCUUCAAAGCAGAGGAGGUAAUGCUGGCAGAGGAAGACAGGAAUGCAGAAGAGAAAUCUCCUCUGGACGGGAGGGCCGCCUCGGAAGGGCCGAUUCAACAAGGCACCGCACCGGCAGAGACUAGCAGCGGCAGCAGCUACAACAUGUUGAAAAGAGCUGCGAUAAAGAAGAGCAAAAACGACCUGAUUCAUGCUGAAGAAGGGUCUCCGUUUGCCCGUGCCAGUUUGAAGAGUGGGAAGAACGAGAGCUCAUCCUACUUCAGGAGGAAAGAGAAGAUGUUCCGGUUCUUCAUCCGGCGCAUGGUGAAAGCUCAGAGCUUCUACUGGAUCGUCCUCUGCGUGGUCGCCCUCAACACACUCUGCGUUGCGAUGGUGCACUAUGACCAGCCAGAGAAGCUCACCACUGCGCUGUAUUUUGCAGAGUUUGUUUUUCUGGGUCUGUUCCUUACGGAGAUGUCUUUGAAGAUGUAUGGGCUGGGGCCAAGGAAUUACUUCCACUCUUCAUUCAACUGCUUUGACUUUGGGGUGAUCGUGGGAAGUAUAUUUGAAGUCAUUUGGGCUGCAGUGAAACCAGGUACCUCAUUUGGCAUCAGUGUCCUGAGAGCGCUUCGACUGCUGAGGAUAUUCAAAGUAACAAAGUACUGGAAUUCCCUGAGGAAUCUGGUGGUCUCCUUACUGAACUCCAUGAAGUCCAUCAUCAGUUUGCUUUUCCUGCUCUUCCUCUUCAUUGUGGUGUUUGCUUUGCUGGGGAUGCAGCUGUUUGGAGGACAAUUCAAUUUCCAAGAUGAAACACCAACCACGAAUUUUGAUACCUUCCCUGCUGCCAUCCUCACAGUAUUCCAGAUCCUGACAGGGGAAGACUGGAAUGCUGUGAUGUACCAUGGGAUAGAGUCACAGGGCGGCGUUCGCUCGGGGAUGUUCUCCUCCAUUUACUUCAUCGUCCUGACGUUGUUUGGUAACUAUACUCUCCUGAACGUCUUCUUGGCUAUUGCUGUGGACAAUCUGGCAAAUGCGCAAGAGCUGACCAAGGAUGAGGAGGAGAUGGAGGAAGCCACGAAUCAAAAGCUCGCCCUGCAAAAGGCCAAGGAGGUGGCAGAAGUCAGCCCCAUGUCUGCAGCCAACAUCUCCAUAGCUGCUUUUGUAAAGCAAACUCGAGGUACUGUAUCUCGCAGCUCGUCAGUCUCCAGCGUAAAUUCACCCAAGCAGCAGAACUCCUCCAAAUCCAAGUCUGUUUGGGAGCAGAGGACCAGCCAGAUCCGGAUGCACAAUUUCCGAGCCAGCUGCGAGGCGCUGUACAAUGAGCUGGAUCCAGAGGAACGGGUGCGUUAUGCCACCACCCUUCACAUCAGGCCGGACAUGAAGACUCAUUUGGAUCGACCACUGGUGGUAGAGCCGAGGAGCGAAGGGAGGAACAACAUCAGCAAGCUGAGUCCUGUGGAUGUGCAGGAGGUGGAGCAGACCAAAGUCAGCUCUGGUGAUGGGGCAGAAGCUCCACGAAAGCACCACCGGCAUCGGGAUAAGGACAAACUGGGAGAGCAAGAGAAGGGUGAUGUGACCAAAGAUGAGAAUGGGGAACCUGGUGUCAACAACAAGGAGGAGCGGCACAGGCAACACCGGAGCCGCAGCAAAGAGGUGGAAGGGGGAAGUAAGGAAGGGAAAAGUGAUCGGAACAGGGGUCAGGAAGGGGGAAAGAGGCACCAUCGCCGGGGUUCGGUGGAUGAAGGUGGUGAGAAGGAGCACCGCAGGCACCGGCCUCACCGGCACUCUGCCGACCGACAAGGCAAGGAAGGCAACGGGACAAUCAACGGAGCCAGGAGCGAGCGACGUUCCCGACACCGGGGAGGGUCGAGGUCUGGGAACCGGGAAGGGGAGCCCGGGUCCAAGGGCGAGAACGGAGAAGAGCCUCACAGACGGCACAGGCUCAGGAACAGGGCGCUGUCAACCUAUGAAUCAGUGGAGAAGGAGAACGGGGAGAAGGAGGGGGAAGCUGGAGAGAAGGAGCACCGGAAUCAUCAGCCCAAGGAGAACAAGUGUGAGAUUGAGGCUAGUGGAAGUGUGAGUGUCCCUGUGCACACCCUUCCCAGCACCUACCUGCAGAAGGUGCCGGAGCAGCCAGAAGAUGCUGACAACCAGAAGAACGUGACACGGAUGAUUCAGCCACCGCUGGACAAAACCACCACUGUGAACAUCCCUGUCACCAUCACUGCCCCGCCGGGGGAAACCACUGUCAUACCAAUGAACAACGUUGAAUUUGAAAGUAAAGCAGAGGAGAAGAAAGACGUCGAUGACUUGACAAAAAAUGGGCCUAAACCAAUCUUGCCUUACAGUUCCAUGUUUAUCCUAAGUCCUACAAAUCCGAUUCGGCGCCUUUUCCACUACAUUGUCAACCUGCGCUAUUUCGAGAUGGUCAUCCUCAUAGUUAUAGCCCUCAGCAGCAUUGCCCUGGCUGCAGAAGACCCUGUCCAAGCCGAGUCACCAAGGAAUGAUGCUCUGAAAUACUUGGAUUAUAUAUUUACGGGUGUCUUUACCUUUGAGAUGGUGAUCAAGAUGAUUGACCUGGGGCUGUUACUCCACCCUGGCUCUUACUUCCGUGACCUGUGGAAUAUCCUGGACUUCAUUGUGGUCAGUGGGGCCUUGGUGGCAUUUGCCUUCUCAGGAACCAAAGGCAAGGACAUCAACACGAUCAAGUCACUACGAGUUCUGCGAGUCCUAAGACCUCUGAAGACCAUUAAACGGCUGCCAAAACUAAAGGCUGUCUUUGACUGCGUGGUGAAUUCCCUGAAGAAUGUCCUCAAUAUCCUCAUCGUUUACAUGCUCUUCAUGUUCAUUUUUGCUGUCAUUGCUGUGCAGCUCUUCAAAGGCAGGUUCUUCUACUGCACUGAUGAGUCGAAGGAGCUGGAGAAGGACUGCAGGGGUCAGUACCUCGAUUAUGAAAAAAAUGAGGUGGAGGCACAGCCCAGGGAAUGGAAAAAAUACGAGUUCCACUACGACAACGUGCUCUGGGCUCUGCUCACACUCUUCACUGUCUCCACAGGAGAGGGGUGGCCAACUGUGCUGAAGCACUCGGUGGAUGCCACCUACGAGGAACAGGGCCCCAGCCCUGGCUACCGAAUGGAAAUGUCUAUCUUUUACGUUGUGUAUUUUGUUGUCUUCCCUUUUUUCUUUGUGAACAUCUUUGUGGCGUUAAUCAUCAUCACCUUCCAAGAGCAAGGAGAUAAAGUGAUGUCAGAGUGCAGCCUUGAGAAAAACGAGAGGGCCUGCAUAGACUUUGCCAUAAGUGCCAAGCCACUGACCCGCUACAUGCCUCAGAACAAGCAAUCUUUUCAAUACAAGAUGUGGAAAUUUGUGGUGUCCCCUCCCUUUGAGUAUUUUAUCAUGGUCAUGAUUGCACUCAAUACCAUUGUCCUCAUGAUGAAGUUCUAUGAUGCUCCAGAAGCAUACGAAGAAAUGUUGAAAUGCCUGAAUAUUGUGUUUACGUCCAUGUUUUCAAUGGAAUGUGUGCUGAAGAUCAUUGCCUUUGGUGUGCUGAAUUAUUUCCGAGAUGCCUGGAAUGUCUUUGAUUUUGUAACCGUGUUGGGAAGUAUUACUGAUAUUUUAGUAACAGAGAUUGCGGACAACUUCAUCAACCUCAGCUUCCUGCGGCUCUUCAGGGCAGCCAGACUUAUCAAGCUCCUCCGGCAGGGUUACACUAUCCGCAUCUUGCUCUGGACAUUUGUGCAGUCAUUUAAGGCCUUGCCUUAUGUGUGUCUCCUCAUUGCAAUGCUCUUCUUCAUCUAUGCCAUCAUUGGCAUGCAGGUAUUUGGGAACAUUGCUCUAGAUGAUGAAACCUCCAUUAAUAGGCACAAUAAUUUCCGCACCUUCCUCCAAGCCCUGAUGCUUCUGUUCAGGAGUGCCACAGGGGAAGCCUGGCAUGAGAUCAUGCUGUCGUGCCUGAGCAACAGAGCCUGUGACCCGCUCUCCGGCCUCACCAAAAACGAAUGUGGCAGUGACUUUGCCUAUUUCUACUUCGUGUCGUUCAUCUUCCUCUGCUCCUUCCUGAUGUUAAACCUGUUUGUGGCUGUGAUCAUGGACAACUUUGAAUACCUGACAAGAGAUUCCUCCAUCCUUGGGCCCCAUCAUUUGGAUGAGUUUGUUCGUGUCUGGGCUGAAUAUGACCCAGCUGCCUGCGGGCGCAUCAGUUACACAGACAUGUAUGAGAUGCUGAGACACAUGUCCCCACCUCUAGGCCUUGGAAAGAAAUGCCCAGCUCGUGUUGCCUAUAAGCGCCUGGUGCGGAUGAACAUGCCGAUCUCACCUGAAGAUUUAACCGUCCACUUCACGUCCACACUGAUGGCCCUGAUCCGCACUGCCCUGGAAAUCAAGCUCGCCUCAGGUGGUGUUAAGCAGCACCAGUGUGAUGCGGAGCUGAGGAAGGAGAUCUCGCUGGUUUGGCCCAACCUGUCCCAGAAGACUCUGGAUUUGCUGGUGCCUCCUCACAAACCUGAUGAGAUGACCGUGGGGAAGGUGUAUGCAGCACUGAUGAUAUUUGACUUCUAUAAGCAGAAUAAGAACAGCAGGGAACAAGUCCACCAGCCGCCUGGAGGCCUGUGCCAGCCUGGACCAGUGUCACUCUUCCACCCCCUGAAGGCCACUUUGGAGCAAACCCAACCUGCAGCAUUCAGCAAUGCAAAGGCUUUCCUUCGCCAGAAGAGCUCAGCAUCACUCAACAAUGGGGGUGCCUUGCCAGCCCCAGAAGGUGGGAUCAAAGAGUCCAGUUCCUGGGGGACCCAGCGCACCCAGGAUGUGUUUUAUGAAACCAGGACACCAGCUUUUGAGCGAGGCCACUCAGAAGAAAUCCCCAUUGAACGGGUGGUAGAAAUGAGGGAAAUCAGCCCCACACUUGCUAAUGGAGAGCACCAACCAGGCCUGGAGAGCCAGGGACGGGCAGCUUCCAUGCCGCGCCUGGCCGCUGAAACUCAGCCCAUCCCGGACACAAGCCCCAUGAAGCGCUCCGUCUCCACGCUGACCCCACAGCGUCCUCACCCCAUGCACCUCUACGAGUACUCCUUGGAGCGCAUGCCACCGGAGCAAGUACAUCACCACCACCACCACCGCUGCCACCGGCGGAAAGAGAAGAAGCAGAAGUCCUUGGACAGGUCCCCCCAUCAGCUGGCCGAUGGACAAGCUGUGGCCCAUUCUGGGGAGUCUUCUUCCAAGGACAAGAAGCACGAACGGGGCCGGUCCCAAGAGAGGAAGCAGCACUCUUCCUCCUCCUCUGAAAAGCAGCGCUUCUACUCCUGCGACCGCUACGGCAGCCGGGACCGUUCUCAGCCCAAGUCUGCUGAUCAGAGCAGGCCCACCUCGCCCAACGGAGGGCCAGAGCAAGGUCCACACAGACAGGGCAGUGGUUCAGUUAAUGGGAGCCCCUUGCUGUCGACAUCUGGUGCUAGUACCCCAUGCCGGGGUCGGAGGCAGCUCCCACAGACUCCACUCACCCCACGCCCCAGCAUCACUUACAAGACCGCUAACUCCUCGCCCGUGCACUUCACCACUUUCCAACCUGUCCUGCCCACCUUCUCCCCGGGACGCCUGAGCCGCGGCUUGUCCGAGCACAACGCGCUGCUGCGGGGCGAACAGCAGCCGCCGGUGGUGGCCCGCAUCGGCUCCGACCCCUACCUGGGCCACCGCGACGACGCCGACAGCCCCUACCAUGCGGUGCCGGAGGACACGCUCACCUUCGAGGAGGCCGUGGCCACCAACUCGGGACGGUCCUCAAGGACUUCUUACGUCUCCUCCUUGACCUCCCAGUCUCACCAAAUCCGCAGGGUGCCCAAUGGUUACCAUUACACGCUGGGUCUCAACACGGGCCCCGGGACGGGCACCAGAGGACGUAGCUACUACCACGAAGCCGAUGAGGAUGACUGGUGCUAGCGGAGUGGCAAAACCCGUCAAAGUGUGCGUGUUUAAAAUCGAUGAGUUUUAUCAUCUGGAAGGCCGUGCGCUCCGAUGCGCGCGGUGCCCAGGGCUGGAGGGGGCCCAUGGGGUAGCCCCCAUUGCAAGAACUUCUCUGCCCCCUGGUCUGGAGACACUCCUGCAGCCUCUCUCCUCAAUUUUUCUUUAGUUUUUCUUUUUUUGGGGUUUUUUUUUGUUUUUUUUUUUUUCACUAGACAAAUGGGGGCAGAAGGCUCCCUCCUUAGGGGGAAGGCAGUGUGCAGAGUGCAUCUCUCUCCCCCUGUUGCCUCUCUACUGCCUUGUCUAGUUCAGAGACAAGCACCAGAUGCCAAGUCUGCAACGCAAGGGAGAAGCCAAGAGAAGAGUGGUCCUCACCUUCCACAUCAGAAGAGCAGACAGAUCCUUCCUGAGAUUGGCACUGGCUUUUGUUGGGCUGUUUCUUACUUGAUUUCUCAUUCUAUUUUUGCCCCUGGUCAGGGUGGGAGUCUGGGAGUUGCAAAUGGACAAAACACAUGAACAAAGCUCAUAUCUGCGGUUUAUCCCGCUCACCGCUAAGAAGGAAGGAAUCUACCCACGAAACUGGAAGAGGAGAAACACAGACCAGAACAAAGGACAGUCCACUGGGACUUGAUGUUCAGCCACAGCAAUCCUUGUCAGCAGAGCCAGUGCCACGCUCCAGAGCUGCCGAGCAUUGAGGCAGCCGGGACUCUGCUCCGACACUGCUGCCAUGUGGAUCUCUUUCACUUCACUCACCACGUUGGGUCCUUCACACUGACACACGAUAAAGCCACAAGAGAGCUACUUUGUAAGGACUGUUUCCUUGCUGCUGAGACUUCUCUUUCCGUCCCUCUCUCCUGUUGACCGCAACACGCCCUCACUGUUUUGUCUUGUUUACAAUGUAAGCUUGAUUUAGCAAAAAAAACAAAAACAAAAACCAACUAAAAAAAGACAAACCCAGACAAAAAAAAAAAAAAAGGAGGAAAAAGGUUAGGGAUGAGAAGAAGAAAAUGUUAUUGGUUUUAUAUCAAGCUAUUAGAUAGAACUUUAACUUUUCAUUGUGUGCAUUUUUGUAAAUUGUACAGUAAAAAAAAAAAGGAAAAAAAAGGAAAAAAAAUUACUCUUUAUGUAGAGAAUUAGUCCAAUUGUCAUUCCAGGUCCCACCGUUUCUACCGAAUGCUCCAGUUGUUCACUACUAAGUGCCUAACCUUUGAAAUCUUUCACAGCGACGAUGCAACCUCUCGCUUCGAUGCAUCAGCCCUUGAGGCGAGCGUGGGGAGGAGCAGGAGGGGAGGGAGGGCAGGGCCCCGGGGUCCUGUGGCAUGGUGCUGGGUAUCCCAGUACCAGGUUGGAAGCUUACAGUGGGGAAGGCAAACAUGCUUUGAAGUUGGUUUAGGUUUUGUUGGCCUUUUUAUUUCUUCUUCUUUUUUAUAUAUCUAUCUAUACUUUUAUGGGUAGGAAGGGAGUGGUUGCAGCAAACAAACCCGGCCUUUUCUCAUUGAGCAGUGUUUAGGUCCUGCUGGAGAGAUGCAGGUGGAAAAGUACAGCAUCUGCAGAGAAGCUCUUCUCUUGCAGGAGAAGCAGCGUCCUUCACACUGCGUGUCAAGUCGCAGUCGGGCUGCGAGAGCUCUGGCCAUGUUCCAUGAUGCAUAACUUGUGUUGAGGGCAGUUGGAGAGAGUCUUGGGUUUAUUGCCUGUUAAGAGAAGGUUAAAAUAAUAAUAAUAUAAAGCAAAACCUCUAACUCUGAUUCUCAGGGAUGAGAUUUUUGUGUUCUCGCAAUGACUCUUGUGUUGGAUGAUUUAUUUCUUUCGUGCACGUGUGGAUUUCUGCACUUUGAGCCUUGGGAAAAGGGCAAAUACGACGUGCUGCUGGGGAGGGAGCACUGAAGGAAAAGCCUGGGCAGGACCUUGUGUCCAUGGAUCUGAUGAACCAUUGUAGGGCUAAUCUGGGGCACAAGGACCUGUAGUAUGCUGACAAAAGGUUGAAAGAGAAUGGGUGGGAGGUGCCAGAUGAGCACACCUCUAAAAGCAAUGAUAGGGAAGAGGAGAGGGUUGGACAGAUGAUUUUUUUCAGAGGAUCUAUCAAGCCCCAGAACUGUGAAACUUAGGAUGGGUGUUGACCCUGCUGGACCCUGGGGAUUCCUUUUGUAUCUGGGGUGGUUGGAGGGUAUGGGAUGCUACCACAAUGCUCUCAUGCUCUCAGCAAGUGUUUCAGCCUCAGGCAGGGAGCAGUCUGCUGUAGGGUGGUUCUUCACAUCUGUAGCUUUUCUGUUGAGUAAAUUCAACCUGUUUUCGUUUCCUUCUGUGGUUUUCUGUUUUGUUUUGUUCCGUUACUAAAUAAUAAUCUCUGGCUAAUCUCAUCCCUGGAUUCUGCUAAAGGAUAACUCCUGUCUAUAUCUCUGUCUCUGUAUUUGUGUGCACUUUGAAUAAAGGAAGUGCAGUAGCCAGAGGGCUGCCGUGGGUAACAGCUGUGAUUUGCAAACGGAGGGCUAUGCAACAAGAUGACACGUUCAGAAACACAUCCAAACCACCAACAGCCCGAAAGACCUUCAUCCAUUCUGUAGCUUUAUCUGCUGGAUUUUCCUGUUCCAGGCUUCAGCAUGAUUGUGACCAAAUGUUUUAUACAUUUUCCUUAUAUGAAGGCACAAACACUUUAUUUGGGAUUUUAAUGAAAAUGUUCCUAUUUUACUCCAGGAAGUAAAGGAGAGGGAAACCACAAUUUCUCUGCCAGUGCAUGCAAACAUUGUACCCAAACUGGAAAGCAAAAGAGGUGUCUUUCCAUAUGGAAUAACUUUGUCUUUCCCCUUCCUCUACCAUUGUAGACACUCAACCCCCCAGUCCCACAGUAACACACCAUCUGGAAGCGCACAGCCAAAACCCAUGGCCUUGGGUCACUCCAAUUCUUAGGUAGAACAUGAAGAAGAACCUCAAGUUGUCCAGUCCUCCACCUGCCUCGUAGGGGUCGAUGCCAGUGACAGACAAGCCUGACCACAGUUGUUCAUAACCCUUUCCCCCCUUUUUUUACAGCCUCUCUGCUGUCUCUUCAAUGCAUACAUGAUAUUUCCAAGAAUCCUCAUAGUGAGUUGCCAAACUUGAAUUGCACCAAUCAGUUUUCUGCAUCCAGAAACCAGUCUCGUAGUGGCUGUACUUUGACUAAGUAAUGUUUGCAUGUAAAAUAUAUACAUAUAUACAUAUCUAUAAAAAAGUAUGUGCAUGGAAAAUGUUUAUCUUCGUACUUUUUUGAUACAAUGUAUUCAUCAGUUGUUAAUUUUUAAUUAUAUUUGAUAUAAAUUGGGGGUUUGUUGCAAAACUUUAUAUUUAAAAAAACAGUGUUAAAAACGAUGAAAGUUCCAACCAUGCAACACAAGUGGAACUUUACCCAAAAAAAAAAAGGGGGAAAAAACAAA